AUGAUUCAACUACCCGGUGUUGGCCCUGCCAACGACCCCGCGCAUCUCUCCGACAAGGAUGAAGCGUUAGCUGUAGUGAGCGAUGUGGCUCAGGAGAUCGACCCCGUGGUCGGAAAACGAGUGUUGAGGAAGAUCGACCGGUACUUCAUGCCAGCGAUGCUGAUUGGUUACGGCUUGGUCUACUAUGACAAGGCGAUUCUGGGCAGUGCAGCACUGUUUGGGAUGACUACUGACCUUCAAUUGAAAGUUGUUGACAAUUCAACCUCUCCAGCUACAGUUGAUACGUCACGUCUUAGUUGGGCUACAUCAAUUUUCUAUUUUGGAAUGUUGGCGGGGCUUUAUCCAAUGACAUUUGUGUCGCAAAGAUUUAAUACUCGGCACGUCCUGGGUCCUGUCGUUCUCCUAUGGGCAAUUGUUUGCGCGGCCACUGCUGGUGUCACGUCCUGGCAAGGACUCUUCGUACAGCGGUUCUUCCUUGGCUUCAUCGAGAGUGUGAUCCCAACUAGUUUCAUGACCAUCGUUAGUGGUUACUAUACGCAGGAGGAGCAGGCUCUUCGGCAAGCUUGGUGGUUCUCAGGUACUGGCUGGUUCACUAUCAUUGGCGGUGCCUUGAACUAUGGCUUUGGCCAGAUUACCUCUGGGUCCUUAGCCAGGUGGCAGUAUAUAUAUAUUCUUGCCGGGGCCUUGACAUUCCUUUUUGGCCUUUGGUGCUGCACCAUUCCCAACUCGCCCGUGUCGGCCUGGUUCUUGACUCCAGAGGAGCGGAUGGUAGCCGUGGAGCGAUUGCGAAAGGGCCAGACCGGUGUCCGAUGCCAGAAGAUCAAGUUUGAUCAGAUCAAAGAGUCAUUGGCCGAUGUCAAAAUCUACCUAGUGGCUAUUAUGAUGGCUGCAGCGUACACGAUCAACGGCGCUAUUUCUGGAUUUGGGCCCUUGAUUGUUUCUACAUUUGGAUACAACACUCUGGAAUCUAUCUUGUUCCAAUUCCCCGUGGGAGGUGUUUGCGUUAUCUUUAUCCCGCUGUGUGGAUACAUCUCUACCGUUGUUCCCAAUACCCGCAUCCCUAUGCUCAUUGCAUGCUGUCUCCCUGUCAUUGCCGGAUGUGUGAUGAUUUGGAAAUCUCACUGGGGAUAUCAGCCUGCCGUUCCGGUCAUUGGCUAUGCGCUGACUGGUUUCUUCGGACCGGUGGUCAGUUUGAUCAUCACACUUGGCGCCACUAAUGUCGCGGGUGCUACUAAGAAAACAAUCAUGGCUGCCACAGUCUUCGUUGCCUAUACAGUCGGAAACAUUAUUGGACCACAGCUUGUCAAGAGCAAUACAAAGGCCCAGCAUUACCCGGAAUUAUGGACCGGAAUGGUGAUAUGUUAUUCUAUCACUAUCACUGCCGCCGUCGCCUUAUAUGUUGUCCUGUGGAGAGAAAACAAGGCUCGGGAGGCAAUCGAACUUGACGAGGUGCAACGCGACAAGAUUGCCUUCGACGAUCUCACUGACAAGCAGAAUCCAUUCUUCCGGUAUGCUCUGUAA